AUGAAUGAGAAGGGCGAGAUGAAAAAGGAGGUGGAGAAGAAGAAGUGUGUCAGCCACUUAGGGGGCAAACUGGCCUUAAUGCUCCAAGAGAAUGAUCGUAACAGCAGCACCCCUAUUCAGAACACCGAGGUCGCUUGUGUUGAGAUCGCCGGUCUCUGCCAUGACCUCGGACACGGUCCCUUUUCUCAUGCCUUUGAAGACAUCAUACAACCAUAUGAAGAUGGCAACAAAUGGAAACCUGAUAAGCAGGCGGUCUUCAUGCUCAAAUAUCUCAUCAAGCAUAACAGCCUAGAGAAGAAGCUCGCAGAUCUAAAAAUCUACGCCGAAGAUAUCGACUUCAUCUGUCAGCUUAUUCUGGGUGUUAAAGAGGAUGACGAAAUGCUUCGUGAGAACAAGUUCUGCCUGUAUCAGUUAGUGAACAACAGCGUAUACGGGAUGGACGUGGACAGAUGGGACUAUAUUGCUCGGGGCGCCCACUACCUACAUGUAGGCAGGAAGUCUACAUUCGACUUCAAACGUAUUCUGUCCUCCGUGAAGAUUCUCGAUGUUAAGCGAGGCAGUAAGACCAGGAGGGAACUCUGCUUUAGAGACGAGGUAGCGAGAGAUCUAAACCAAAUGUUUCUCACAAGCCGCCAGCUUAACUACGCAUCUUACCAGGAUAGGCACAGCGAGGUCAUCGCCAUCAUAAAGAAGUACAAAUUAUUGGAUUCUGUGAAGGACCCUGAGGCCUUCUGCCAAGUCGAUGACACCAUUGUAAACGCGAUCAGGCAAUCACUAUCUCAAGAACCAGGAAUGGUGAAGGCACGGGAGAUCAUAGACCGGAUACACAGGAGAGAAUUCUAUCAUUGCAUUGCAGAAUGCAAGCAUGCCAAAGAAGAGUUAUCACGAUUUGACUGUGGAGGCAGAAACCCUCUCAUCAAUAUCCCGUUCUACAAGGAAUCAAGUGAUGGUACAUUUGUUGCCGAGUUCCUACCAGUGGACGAGCUCCAAGCCGACCUGCCACCGGUAGACGUCUCCUUCCGCAUCUACACUAAGGUACCCAAAUUAGAUCGAGAGACCGUCAACAUGGCCAAGUCCAGAUGCGAGACCAGGCUUGAAAUGAUUCAUGAGAGGCAACGCUCCGUCCCAACCAAACCCGUCAAGCAGAAGGUCAAGAGUCCAUCAAUUGGACCAGUGGCUCCUAGCCCGCCUUUAAGUGCCGUUGGCCAUGUGACCAGCCCCAGUUCCGGUUCGUUUGUCAGUACUGAUGGGGACGAAGAUAUUCCAAGUCUGAUGUCGAACCCUCCUGAUGCUGUUGCUGCUGUUGGUACGGGGCCGGCUGAGUCUAAUCCUCGAGGUUCGCGAUCUCCUGAACCAGAGGUUAAGCUACACUAG